AGUGAAGUGUGGAAGGAAGUCGAAGAACAAAUGAAAGAACUUGCCAAAGGCACUACUGAAGAUAAGAAGAGUGCAGUUAGCAGUUUCUGCAGUAAACUUCCGAAGGAUGAAAAUGGAAGGGAGGCUUGCCUCCUUAUAGCAGCAGGAUUAAAAAACCUCUAUGACAUCAACGAGAGCGAUGCCGUUAAGGCAUCGUUCCAAAGAACGAUGCAAUGUGUUCUAUUAAAUGCCAUUGCAGAUAAAUUAGAACACAACAACUUUCCAUGUAAGGAUGAGAAGAAUGUAGAGAGGGGAAUAACAGCGGCUUUCAAUAAGAGUGAUGAAAUUAUGAGUGAAGGUAUCGGGUGCAAGGAUAAUGAUAAAUGUUUUAAGUGCGAUAGGCUUAAGGGCUAUGAAGACUGCGAAAUUAAAACAGAUGCCACCACAACGGAAGAAAAGAAGUUAAAAGGAAAAAUUGACCCCAUCAUCAACAGGGAAUAUGAAAACAGUACUACUGAUAAUAGUAGUUCCUUAUCGAAGAAAUCUCUAACUACGACCAUAUGUAA